AUGCUUUUAACUCAAUUAAAUAAUCGUGAAAGUGAAAAGAUAAAAGAGACUCUGAUACUGAUUUUCAAAUCACGAAUAAGACUUGUGAUGGAUUUGACUCAAAAUCCUCAUUCUAAUCCAACGUUGGCUAGCCAGUUACCAAUGUUGGAACGUAAUUUAUUUAUAACUGGCCGAAAAGCGCGACUUGUUUUGAUAGAAUGGUUGAAGCAAGGUAGUGGUAAUAUUGAAAAAUCAGAACUAGUGGCUAAUCUUAUGAAAAAACGUAAGCGUGAUGAAUUUGAGACUGAUAAAUAA